AUAAGGCUUGCGCUGCGAUCCAGUGACACACAGUCCAUGUGCGGACUGUUUGAUAACAAAGCGGCGUGCAGCCCCGCCUGCAUGGAGUGGGAGGUGCGGGGAGGAAGAGGACAGUAGAGGAGGAGGAGAUGAUGAUGAGGAUGAGCGGGGGAGGGGUUUGUUGUGACCGGGAGUAUCCUGCUUCCAAGAUGGCGGCGUCCAUGGAGUUUAGCUUGGAAGAUCUGCCUUCGGAUCCUUUGCUGCUAAUUUUGUCCUUCCUUGAUUUCCGGGACCUGAUCAGCUGCAGUUAUGUCAGCCGCCGCCUCCACGGCCUGUCCGGACACAACCCGCUGUGGAAAGGACUCUGUCAGAAAUACUGGCUGUUAUCCGAGUCAAACAAGACUCAGAAAGGUCAGAGCUGGAAGGAUCUCUUCCAGGAGUUUUACGGCAACAUGGGCCGUUACAUUGAUCAUUACAGUACAUUGAAGAAGGCCUGGGAUCAGCUGAAGACAUACCUCAGCCAAAAGUGCCCCAGAAUGAUCACCUCUCUGAAAGAGGGCGCAAGUGAGGAGGACCUGGAUGCUGUGGAAGCACAGAUUGGCUGCAAAUUGCCCAAUGAUUACCGCUGUUCCUUCCGAAUACAUAACGGACAAAAGCUAGUGGUUCCUGGAUUGAUGGGUAGCAUGGCCCUGUCCAACCACUAUCGCUCCGAGGAUCUGCUGGAUAUCGAGACAGCAGCGGGCGGCUUCCAGCAGCGCAAAGGCAUGCGGCAGUGUCUGCCUCUCACCUUUUGUUUCCACACAGGUCUGAGCCAGUAUAUGGCCCUGGACAGCAUGGAGGGGCGCAGUCGCGGCGAGAUCUUCUACCAGUGCCCUGAUCAAAUGGCACAAGAUCCUUCUGCAAUUGACAUGUUCAUUACAGGGUCCAGCUUUACGGAGUGGUUUACCUCAUACGUUCACAAUGUGGUAACAGAAGAGUACCCCAUCAUCCGGGACCAAAUCUUCAGGUACAUCCAUGAUAAGGACUGCGUGGCCACCACAGGGGACAUCAAAGUGUCUGUAUCUACCUCCUUCCUGCCGGAGCUCAGCUCUGUACACCCCCCACACUUCUUCUUCACCUACAGGAUUAGAAUCGAGAUGGCAAAGAAUGCCCAUCCGGAAAACAUCUGCCAGCUGGACACGCGAUACUGGAAAAUCACCAAUGCCAAUGGCAAUGUGGAGGAAGUUCGGGGGCCUGGCGUUGUGGGUGAGUUCCCGGUGAUGUCGCCAGGGAAGGUCCACGAGUACGCCAGCUGCACCACCUUCUCCACCACCUCUGAGCACAUGGAGGGCCACUACACCUUUCACCGCCUGAAGAACAAGGAGGAGGAGUUCAACGUCACCAUCCCUCGCUUCCACAUGGUCUGCCCCCCAUUCCGUGUGUCCGCUGUGCGGGCGCAGGGUUCCACAAGCAGCCUCUUGGGGCCCCCCUUUGACGAAAACUCGUCAGACACGGACGACUAUGAGGAGGGGCAGGGCCUGAACAUCCCGCCGCCUAGUGGGCGCUGCCCACGCCAUAUCUGACACAGCUCUCCAGGGCAGGAGCGGGGGUGGUGGGGGAGGGGGUAAGGGGCCUGAAAACCUCUUCCUUCACUGUUAUUGAUUAGUAAGCCUUUUGAUUAAUAAAUUUUCUUACUGUGUUAUAAGAAUGGACAUCCUGGGACCACUGACCCUGUGGACAUUUUCCUUUGCCCGGUGGCCUCUUCACUUGAUGUUUUUCUUCAGUUUAUUCCAUAUUUUUCUAGAGUAUCAAAAGCGCUGUGCAUUGCCACUGAAAUUCUUGUACUUAAAUAUUAAGAAUCAGUGUACAGUAGUGGAUCCAAGGCAGUCUAGAUUAUUCUUAUAUAACUGAAGUGAAAAUGCUGACAGGAGUGAUUUCCAGGGGUUUAAAAUAUUCUGCACGGAGUGUCUUUUGUGCUGCCAGGAUGUUGCCGUGGUGAUUAAUGAGCGCACGUUUUUCAUUGGCAGUUAUACGGACCAGUCGCGGUCCUGUCUGAAAGCCCAUCUGAUGGUAACAUUCUCCAUGGAUAGAUGUUAAUGGGGAUGCUUUGCGAGCCGGGCAGGAGAGCACUGCGGAAAGCGACUGAGGCUCUCACUGGCUGUCUACUCCCUCUUGUGAUGGUGUGGUACCAUGCUUUGUAAGCUGUGCACUUUCAUUGAACAGAACCAGUACAGGACCCAUCCAGCUUCCCUGCCCACAACAUCUAUUGAUUUACAUAGCAGCCUUCACCCCCUUUCCCACUCCACUUGGCCCCUCUAGCUCAGCUCACUACACAUAACUAAUCGUUUCUAUGGUGUGUCGACCAUGGUGAUGUUUUCAGUCUGAAAUUCAGCAAUGACAGUCUGUCCGCUAACAGUCUCCAUGGGUACUGAGAGCAG